UCAUAUCUUAUACUUCUACUUGCUCAUUGCUGUGGAAAGUGGGUUAAAAAAAGCGAAAGAAAAAGGAAUGGCCUGAAACAGGUUCUUCAUUUUUGGUGAUGUGUUAAAACUUCAAAGAGAAACACAGAGAAAUAAAAUAACAACUCUUCUUCACUGUAAUUUCUACUCGGCCUCCUCUCUUUGAUACUUUUGUCCGCCGCCGGCGGUGUGCAGUAACGGCAUCGGUGGUGGUGGGUCAGGGAAAUGGAUCGUGUUUUCUGAAGGCAGGGUUUCACACGGAGAAGGAGGGGGGGCUUCCGGCGGGGGAAUUCGGAGCGUGGAUGCUCCCUCCAAUGUUAGUGUAGCUAUUGCUGUGACGCCCAUGGCUGGUCUGGCCUUGGUCGCCACCGUCAUCUACUAUCGUAGGUAAAAAAACAAACAAAAGAGGAAUCUCGAUAAAUCUUCAAAUCAAAUCAGAAAUUUUAAAUCAAUUUCUUGUUGUUUACAAUAAUCCAAUAGAUUAAAGAAACCCUAGUAUUUGGGAUUUUAGAGACAAAAGAUAGAUAGAUAUACAGAUAAAAGAUGUUAACGGAACGGAAACCGAUAAUGAAAGCGUUAAGGAGAAGCCACACGUCAUCUUCCUCUUCGCCACCGUCAAAUGUGUCCUCAUCUGCGCCAUCCUCGUCGUCGUCUUCGUCUUGGAUUCAUUUGCGAUCAGUUUUGUUAGUAGUUGCUUUCUCCUCAUCGUCGUCCACGUCAUCAUCUUCCUCACCAGUUUCCGUUAGUCGCAGAAGUCAUAAAUCGCCAUGGUCACUUAGAAGAAGAAAACAUGCACUUCUGCCAAAACAAUGGAAGAGUGUUUUUAGAUCUGAUGGAACCUUAUGCGACGGUGGCGUUAAGUUUUUAAAGAAAGCACGCAGUGGUGGAAUUGAUCCAAGUAUCAGAGCAGAGGUUUGGCCAUUUCUCCUUGGAGUCUAUGACGUGAACAGUUCCAAGGAAGAAAGGGAUUGCAGUCGAGCUCAAAAGAGAAAGGAAUAUCAGAAUCUGCGGAAGCAAUGCCGUCGAAACCUCAAACGCUAUGAGAAGAGCUUCAAGUUGAGGGAUACAGGAUCUGUCAGCAAUGACGACAGUGGGGAGUUCAGCCAAGUUCUGGAUUCUCCUGGAUUUGAGGAUGUUAGUAGUACCGCAGAAUCAUCUGUCACUGGAGGAUGUCGAUUAGCUUUCGAUGAAUCAGAAAACCAUGAACUCUUCCAGAUAUCCGAGUCAAUGUUUGAAGGAGAUAUUGAUGAGAGUGUUCUUACCUGCAAAGAUUGCUCUUCUGGUGAUAUGGAUUCUUCUGAUUCCGACUGCUCUGAAGAGAGUGAAAAUAUGUAUCCUUUCAUCCCCCCUGAAGAGGAAAAUGAUCUUCACAUGCCUGCACGGGAAAACUCUCCUGAUGAUGAUGCAGAAAUCAAACCCAGAUCCCACAAAGAGGAAGAUUUUUCCACAUGGCAGAGAAUCGUGAGACUUGAUGCUUUGCGGGCUAAUGCUGAAUGGAUCAUGUACUCGCCAACUCAGGCUUCAAUAUCAGAACUGAAGGCACGGCGACUUGCUGAAAGUGUUGGAUUGAAGGAUUAUGACCACUUGGAGCCAUGCAGGAUUUAUCAUGCUGGUCGUCUGGUUGCCAUCCUUGAGGCCUAUGCACUAUAUGAUCCCGAGACUGGCUACUGUCAGGGAAUGAGUGAUUUACUCUCUCCAAUUAUUGCAGUGAUUGAGGAAGAUUAUGAAGCCUUCUGGUGCUUUGCUGGGUUCAUGAAGAAAGCUCGGCAUAAUUUCCGGCUUGAUGAAGUGGGAAUUCGGAGGCAACUGGGUAUUAUUUCUAAGAUAAUAAAGUGCAAAGAUAUUCAUCUUUACAGGCACCUGGAGAAGCUGCAAGCAGAGGACUGUUUCUUUGUAUACAGAAUGGUUGUGGUUCUUUUUAGGAGGGAGUUAAACCUUGAGCAGACACUCCGCCUGUGGGAGGUCAUGUGGGCCGAUCAGGCAGCGAUAUCGGCAGGGAUUGCAAAAUCUGCUUGGGGGAGGAUGAGGUUAAGAGCCCCUCCGACCGAUGAUCUGCUGCUGUACGCAAUAGCGGCUUGUGUAUUGCAGAGGAGAAAGCAGAUUAUCGAGAAAUACAGUAGUGUCGACGAAAUAAUGAGAGAUUGCAACAGCAUGGCUGGGCAACUGGAUGUGUGGAAGCUUCUUGACGAUGCACAUGACUUGGUAGUGACACUCCAUGACAAGAUUUAGGAACUCUGCGGCAGGCUUUGGCCCUGUGAAAUCAUUAGAAAAUCAAAAUGUGCACAUUACUAUCCACCGCAGACUACAAAAAUCCAAAAUGAUUAUAAUAAUGGCGGAGAGAAACCGCCAUUUUCAUAGAUGUGAAGUGAACAGAUAGCAAAGUUGUUGCUAUCUUUUUCUAUUAUUUUUUAGUUACACUUAUCACUCGCUCACUCUUUAAUAUAUAGUACGACCGAUCACACGCUCACUCUCAUUAUUUUUUUGAUCUCGUUGAUUGAUUGAGCGAGAAUGGUGAGCAGUACUGCGACUGGUAGCUCACAUUUCUCUUCAGUUUCGCGUGGGAGUAGUUUUAGCAGCAGUCCAGUUUCUAGAUUUGUUUGUAGUAAUCUCAGCUCCAAAAAAAGCAGUCAAUGGAGAUCCAAUCUGUUAUUCGUUUGAACUUUUAGGUCACGUUCUGUUUCGACGUCAUUUUGCGUCAAGAAUGUCAGUGAGGCGACGACUAAAAUCAAAGAUCCACUCGCCGAUGAAGUGCCGAGUAAUGGGAGUCUUACGACUCCAGAUGCGUCGUCCAUUGCGUCAAGUAUCAAAUACCAUGCGGAAUUUACACCGUUCUUUUCUCCUGAGAAAUUUGACCUACCGAAGGCUUACUUUGCUACUGCGCAGAGUGUUCGUGAUGCUCUUAUUAUAAAUUGGAAUGCCACGUAUGAGUACUAUGAGAAGUUGAAUGUAAAGCAAGCUUAUUAUUUGUCUAUGGAAUUUCUCCAGGGUAGAGCAUUGCUUAAUGCAGUUGGUAAUUUGGAGCUGAAUGGUGCUUAUGCUGAGGCUUUGACCAAGCUUGGACACAAUUUAGAAAACGUGGCUCGUCAGGACUAAAUUUGUUGGUCAAAUGUAAUAGGAGCCUGAUGCUGCUCUUGGAAAUGGAGGUCUUGGGCGUCUUGCGUCAUGUUUUUUGGACUCUUUGGCUACAUUAAACUAUCCUGCGUGGGGUUAUGGAUUAAGAUACAAGUAUGGCUUAUUUAAACAGCUUAUUACAAAAGAUGGCCAGGAGGAGGUUGCUGAAGAUUGGCUUGAGAUGGGCAAUCCCUGGGAAAUAGUGAGAAAUGAUGUUUCAUAUCCUAUAAAGUUUUAUGGCAAUGUUGUUUCUGGGUCAGAUGGAAAGAAACACUGGACUGGUGGAGAAGACAUAAAGGCUGUAGCAUAUGAUUUCCCAAUACCGGGAUAUAAAACUAAAUCUACUAUUAACCUGCGGCUCUGGUCAACUAAAGCUCCAGUUAAUGAUUUAGACUUGUCUGCUUUCAAUGAUGGGGAGCACACUAAAGCAUAUGAGGCCCUAGCGAAUGCUGAAAAGAUUUGCUACACUCUUCCCUGGGGAUGAUUCUUUGGAAGGCAAAAUUCUUCGAUUGAAGCAACAAUAUACCUUAUGGCUUAUGUUCAGCUUCUCUUCAAGAUAUCAUUGCACGUUUUGAGAGAAGAUCUGGGUCCCUUGUAAAUUGGGAAGAAUUUCCUGAAAAAGUUGCAGUGCAGAUGAAUGAUACUCACCCCACACUCUGCAUCCCAGAGCUCAUGAGAAUUUUGAUGGACUUGAAAGGUUUGAGCUGGAAGGAGGCCUGGAAUAUUACUCAAAGGUAUUUUCUUACGUAGUUGUUUGCAAGUGCAUUCAUAUUAUGACUUCUUUUCAUCCUUCUCUAUUCCAGUUGGCUACAUUGAUCACAGAAUUGUUUUCCUAUAUAGUUUGUUGUAGAAUAUUUGCACUGUGAGUGGUUUAUUAUUGAAGUAAUCGAGAUACAAUUAGGGAAGAGGUUGGAUUUUGGGAUGUUUCUUGAGCAUUAGAUCUUUUCUGAUAGCUGUACUGGUACCAGUUUAUGAGUGUGGUAUGUAUGAGUGAAUUUAGGAGCCGUUGCUUUUGCUAUGACAAAAUGUCCCGGGCUUGAAUUGAA